GAGAGUUGGCUGGCUGGGCGGGCGGCGCUCGGGCGGAUGAUGGCGACGGUCGACUAGUCGCUGCCGGGAGUUGGGCCCGCGGAUGGAUGGAUGGCCGGCGGUCUGGAUUAACGAGCCGGGUCAGCUGCUGAACCAGGGUCGCCCCCUGAAACACCUCCAGCAAUGAGCUGGAUAUUCCCGCAGUCAAAGAGCGGUGGCGGUGGCGCCGGUCACCUGCCGCCUCUGACCAACUUACAGCAGCAACGCCAGCGGCAGAUCGAGUCGGUGAAGAGUUCACACAGUAGUGUGGUAGAAAUACAGAAGGAUGUGGAAUACAGGCUGCCUUUUACAGCAAACAAUAAAACAAUCAAUUUAAAUAUUUUGCUUCCUCCUCAGUUUCCCCAAGAAAAGCCUGUGGUUUCUGUCUUCCCACCAGUGCGGCAUCAUUUAGUGGACAAGCAGAUGUGUACAAUGGUGACAAGCCCAAUGAUUGCAAAUUUCACAAUGCAUUCAGACCUUGGAAAAAUUAUUCAGACAAUCCUUGAUGAAUUUCGGAAGAAUCCUCCUGUGUUAGCUUCCACUUCAUCAUCCUUUCCAUACUGUUUCAGUAGCCCUGCUGGAAUGGCACCUUACCCUCCCCAAGGAUUUCCAUUUAUUAACCCCUAUCCUACUCAGGAGUCGACUGUGCCUUGUAUUGUGGAUUCAGGCCCUGGGUUUAAUAUUCUCAGACCUGCUGCUCCUGCAUAUGGACUGAUUACAGAUUUGCCAUUACCAGUUCCCACAAUUGACUCAUCAGAACAGUUAGGUUUGAAUGGGCAUAGUUAUAAGAUGCCAGAUCUGCCUGACCACUUUUCAGAGCUCCUUGAACUUAGUAAUUCGCAGCUGACUGAUUUAAAUGAAAAUGAGGAUCUGCGAUUGGGGCACUUCAUGGGUUCACCACAACUGAAGCAGAUAUGCACUGACAAAAAUGAUCUGGUCAGCUACAUUGAGGAGCUAGCAAAAAGAAAUCUUCAACUUGAACCUCGUUUAGAAACAAAAAGACAAGAUCUAUUAGAUAAAUAUGAUCAACUGUCUCAGCUGAAAAGGACCUUUGAAAAAAAGAUGCAAAGACAGCAUGAACUGAGUGAGAGUUGCAGCUUAAGUGCCCUGCAGGCCAGGUUGAAAGUUGCAGCUCAUCAAGCAGAAGAGGAAUCGGAAGUGAUUGCUGAGGAAUUCCUUGAAGGGAAGGUUGAAAUUGAUGAUUUUCUCAGCAGCUUCAUGGACAAAAGAACACUUUGUCAUUGCAGGCGAGCUAAAGAAGAGAAGCUUCAGCAUUUGAUGACACACCAUGGACAAUUUCACACACUAUAGGUGCACCAGCUUCUCAGGCAACAGCAAAGGCAGCUUCAUCGGGGUAUUCUGACAGGUGUUUGUUGCCCUCUUCACUUGACAGGUAGUCACCACCACUUGGUGAUCUGCAGUUCAAGUCAGCGACUCCUGAUUCCUGAUCACUGUUAGCAGAAAGAUCAGUAUCUGAAUGCUUCAUGCUGUGUGUUAGAAUGAUAGAAUCCAAAUCUUCAUGUGAAGGGCUACAAGAAGUGAAUGGUCUGCCAUUGUUUGUAUAAUCCUGAGGCGUAUUGGCUAAAUGUUGAUCAGAAACAGAAAUCUCCACUUUGUGAGAAAGUUUUGUUUUCUCGCUUUUGUUCUUCAGAUGGGAUUUAUCUUGAAUUUCUAACUUCUGUUAAAAAGAAUCAAAGUUACAUGUCAAGGAAGAUUUGAUUUAGUUUUAAAUACCAAAUAGCUGUUCAAAUGAAAGCACAAGAAUUAUAAUUUUAUCGCAUGUUAAAUAAAGAAAAUCGUGGGAGC